CCAACCAACCCUGCCCAGCACCCGGACCAUCCACCCAAGGCGCGUCCACAUCCCAUCGUCAUUUCACCUACCUUGACUUUCACUGCCAUUGCUACGGUUGUGCGCACCCCUUGAUUGCCUUUGACACGCUGUCGGCGCGUGUAUAACGAUUGCGCAUCCCCACCGCCGACGCGCCGGUAUAAACAAGACGCGCCACUUUCCUAAUCUCGCACACGAACAACCCCAUCCGACCACCACACCAUGUUUCUUCCCGAGGAUCUCCUGUUCAAGUCGGGCCAGCUCGCCCGCGUCUGGCUGGCCGCCAAUCAGCACAAGAAGCUUACAAAAGCCCAAGUGCUGCAAGACAAGAUCGAUGAGGAUAUCCAAGUUAUCAUCCGACCUGAGGGCGCUGCGGGCGGUCCCCUUGCAUUGCGUUUGAAUGGACAGCUGCUUCUUGGUGUUGUGCGCAUCUAUCACAGGAAAGCGCGCUACCUGUUUGAUGACUGCAAUGACGCGUUGUGGAAGAUUAAGAUGGCUUUCCGUCCAGGAAACAUUGAUCUGCCAGCACAAACCCACUUGGCUAACCCCACAAGCUUGACCCUCCCCGAUGUCAUCACAGACCUAGACCUGCUGGCCCCAAUGCCAGACCCUACACUUCUUCUAUCGCAGGCACUUGGCGCGGGCCUCAAUCUCGGAAACACCACACUGGCCGACUGGGAUGACAGUCAAUUCCUAUCAGGCAGCAUUGAGCAACCGCGAAUGCAACCGAUGAGUUUUGAAGAAGAUGAUUUGAACCUGGAUUACGGAGAAAACCUGGAGCCCUCCGUGGCAUUUGAUGAGGGUACCAGCAUCGAGCGCGGUCGUAAUGCACCUUUGGAACGACGCACGUCUGAGGAGUUUGCCCCAAGUGUAAAGAACUUUGUAGAAGAAGAUCUAGGCAUCGACUUUGGUGAUGAUUUAACGGAAUUAGCCCCUGCUCCCGAUCUCAACCUGGGGGAUGACACAGACGUUCCCAUGGGCGGCAUGACAGAACUGGACGCCCUAGGAGAACCCUCCUUUGCUGGUGACUUUCCUACGAUUCAAGCCGAACGAGAGGACUCUCCGCUCACGGAGAUUGACGAAGAAGAAGCUACAAGACUUGCGCAAGAGGUUGCUGAGCAGAACAACACCAUCUUUGAUCCUGAGCCCGAACAGGACGAGGAAUCUAUCCAUCAAGCGAGAGCCAAACGCAGGAGAGUUAUCGGCGAAGACGCCGAAACCAUGCUUUCAAACACGCAGCUCAAGGAGCAGACAAACAACCGUGACAAGAUUCUUAAGCCCGCAUCUUUUCUGCCACGCGACCCGCUUCUCAUGGCUCUGAUGCAGAUGCAGAGAUCUGGGGGGUUUGUCUCAAGCAUUCUUGGCGAUGGCCGAAGUCAGGGCUGGGCUCCUGAGCUGAGAGGCAUUCUCUCACUCGAAGUCGUUUCGCGUCCAAACCAAAAGCGCAAGCGAGGCAACGGUGUCGCCGAGCCAGGCGCAGAGGAAGAGGAUGUGGCUGCCGAUGCAGAGAAGACCCUUCAGUUAGAGUUUGAGCACGACGACCUUUCUUUGGGAGGUGUUAAUAUUGACAUUGGCGGUGGUAAUACCACACUCGCGGGGUCUGAAGAUCACUUCCAGCUCCCCGACGAACCCGUUUUCCAGCAACCCGAGGAAGAGGACGCCUUCUCACCUGUGCCAGAUAACUUUGACGACACCACUGCGCCUCUAAACCAUCCUGAAGAGAGUGGCCCUGUUUCACUCGGCACCAAACACGCUGUUCAUCUUCUGCGGGAACGGUUUGGGCCAGAAGCUGAGGAAAGCGAAUCAGAGCGACAAAAGAACAGCAUCGUGUUCCAAGAGAUGCUCCCAGAAGAGCAGACAUCGAGAGCAGACGCGACCAAAAUGUUCUUCGAAGUUUUGGUCCUGGCUACUAAGGAUGCAAUCAAGGUUGAGCAACCUGGCAACGAGCUGGGAGGCCCAUUGCGCAUUCGGGCGAAGCGCGGACUCUGGGGACAGUGGGCAGAGACAGCUGCGAGCGGCGAAUUGGCUUCCCAAUCACAGGCCACUCCGCAGACAGCAGAAGUCGACGCACCGGCUUCGGUUAUCGUUGAGGGGGCUCGAGAAGUAUCUGUAUCUGCGUAAAAGGUCACUGGAAUUGUUGCAACACGGAUGGGCUCUGGGUCUUGAGUUGGAGAGCUCACUCUCUCAUCUGGCGGCGUUGGCUGGAUACCCUUUUUACUUGCGCUUGACUUGUUUUUGCACAUUGGACACGGCUGUUUGGAGAGGUGUAUUGAGGCGUUUUGUGGCUCUCUGUAUGAAUUGUUAUUGAUAGUAGAUAGUUUCGCUGAAUGACGACGUUGACUCAACA